GCACCUUCAUGGUCUUGGGGUUCCGUAGCUUUUGAGACUUUCAAUGAGCAUGUCCAUCACAUGCUCCCGAUCAGAUAUUAUGCAGACAUAGAAGAAGUAUCAGUGACUUUGGCUGGAUCUGAUCCAAUGGGGAAAGUAUCGGGAGGAUACAUUCGCAUCUCUGCCUAUAUGAAAAAAAAUUGCACGCCAGUAUCCUGGGCGGUGGACCGUUAUCCUAAAAGAAGUCCCGAUCAUUUCGACGAUCGGGAACGCCCGCAAGGGAAAGCACCACCCUCGGGCGCCCUACAUCUUAUUCUCGGCUAUAGCGAAGUUUCCGUAUGCAAUCAGAACAAGGGAGAAAGUGGCACGUUUAAGGACGCAACCCUUUCCGGAUUGAUCCUCGAACCGACUAGAGAAAACGUGGACGAAUACCGAAGAAUUGGCAUGUUCACUCAUGCAUGGGGACCGGGGCGUCGGAACGAUCCCGACCACUUUCCUGAAUCUGUUGACUUCGAGAACGAGGGUUUUGAGAGACAUUCUGUAACGAUUAUUUGAAUUUUGUACGGUAUGAUAUCCACAUCCAGCACACCUUCAAAGUUUUGUGGGUAUGUACAAAGUGUCC